AGAAAAUAAAGUAAAAAACUCAAAUUGAUAACGAAUUACCAUUACAACUAAAUUCUUAGUUGUUCGAUAUUAGAAACAAUCAGAAAAAUGGCGGGUCCCUCCAGUAGUUGUACGAGGAAAACGGGGAGCGCAUGUGCAGUUGCACGGUCUUCAUUGGCGCUCCAGUCCUUUUUAUCUUCCGGCCGAUGUUUUUGGAAAACACUGAUCAUGUUUCUCAUAUCUGUGCAAGUAUUUCUAUCAUCUUCUGUGUUCACAACAAGUACUAGUGGUUCUAGUAAUACUAAUAGUACUUCUGUUCGCACCAGGAGCCGGCGCUGCCAACUACAACAAACUCUAUUGGUCGCCGCUUCAUCCUCAAUCCCGGCGUCAAUCCCAGCUGAACAGGGGGCACUGGAGACGGGUAAUGUUGAAUCUUUCCCUUCCUCUGCUGACUGGUUCGAGAGGCGCGAGAGUGAGUAUCUUGCCACUCUACACGAGAGAACAAGCGGUGACGUAGUUGAUGCGAGACCAUCAGAUCAUGAUCUACAGGAGAGAAGCGGCGUUCUUGUUGCGACUGGUGCGAGACCACCUACAGGAGUCUCCGAAAGUCCUGUUGCCAUUUUUAGACCACCUAGUAGUACAGCUACGUCGGCCGAUGUUGAUGUCGUACUCGGAGGAGUACAGAAUGCGAUGAAGACGUCGAAGAAUACAGCAGCAGAUGAAGGAGCUACAACAUUCGGGAGAUUUUUGAGUGCAGUGGAUCAAACAGAAGUACUCAGAGGAGCAGUACAACAAGUACAGAAUGCAACGAAGACGAGGACUGCAUCUUCACCAGAUGUACAACAGGAGCAAGCCGAGCCUCUGCAUUCACCGUUUACUUAUCCUGUGCGAGGACUUCCGUAUAAUGAUACGAUCCGCAACUACGAAGAUGAACAUGAUUACUUCUAUAAAUAUCAUCAUGUUGACCAUCUCCACCAGAGAGGACCAUGGGCCAUGGAUCCUACAGUAGUGGCAUCAGGAGGUGCUCCAUUUGGUACUCCUGGAGGUGCUCCUCGUCCUCCAUAUGGUUGUACUACUAUGCCAUCAAGUCCCGCAGCUUCUUCAUCUUUACGUUGUGGCUCUUACAGUUAUUUUGGUGGAGGAAAAGAAGACCAUCCUCGUUCCCUCUCUUCACAAGGGCAGGACUCUGACGUGGUACAGCCUGCUUCUGUACUAACUACACCUCACUCUGUACAGGAGCUUCAACGGUCUUCCCAACCUUCUGCACUACAACCACCUCAGCACUCGUCUGCGCAACCUUCUUCUCAACCUUCUGUACUACAACCACCUCCCUCGGCUGUGCAAUCUUCUCCUGUACUAGUACCUCUUGGACCCAUACUACAGCUGCCUCGUGGUGUAGUUCGCGGAGCAGGAGCUCCGAAGAUGAGCGAAUCCUCUGGCUCAAGAGUGGCAUUGGGUGGUGAAGUACACCAGCAGAGUAAUCAACCGCGAGGACGAGGAGCAUUCUUGAAGACUAUGUUAACGGGAACGGGAUCGAUGAAUGAUGACGACGAGGACGACGAUGGAAGCGCGACCGUGUCUCCACUCUCCAGGCGAACAUCUUCUGCAAGUGCUGCGCAAGAAUCUUCUGUUUUCAACAGCACGACUAGACCUGCAAGGGACCAUGAUGAACAACGCGAAGAGUUACAUCCAAAACUACAAAUUAUAUGUGGUGCGAGAUCGCAUGGGGUUUGGGCGGAGGAUUCAGAAUUCUCUUUCGCCUCGUCAGAAGAUGGGUCCUCUGGGUCAUCAUCAUCUUCCGAAGCAGAUGAGUCACGACCACUUCUUUCAAGACACGACGAAGCGACAUUGUUACCUCCGUCGCCGGAAACAUAUUCAUAUCAUUCUGGUCGUGCACGGCGGGGGGGCCAAGUACUACAGUCGACGGGAAGCGAUGCGUCACAUCAAGAACAUAUUGCGCGUCAACCUUCUUCACAUGUAGUUGCUGGAGGAGAGGAAAUGUCGAUUAACAGUUUGUUCGAAGGUGUAGUAGAUGUUGAUCUUGAAGUAGUUCCUUAUUUAUUAUCCUCCUCCUUCUACACGACCUGUUCCAUUCAUCUCUCCUGGUGCUUAUGAAGAUCUUCCUGCUAAGCACAACCACAAGGACGAAGAGCGCCAACUGAAGAUGGAUGUAGAACUCCGGUACUAGAAGUAGCGCCAUCUUCUUCAUCAUCUUCAAGUACUACACGAGUACAACCACUACCAGCAUCAACAGCACCGCUAGCAGCAUCGACGACAACUGUACGGCUAGCAGCAUCUUCACCAUUGGCCCUUGACCCUGACUGCUUUCUGGCAGAUGACCUUGAUGAUAUUUUACAAGGAGAAAGAGCAAGAGGAGAGGACCAUGGUGCUAGUGGUAGAAGUGGAUCUUCUCCGGUCUCCACCACAUCAAGACCGCAUGAAGAGCAACGUGAUACAAUGUGUAGGACAAAAACGAAGACGCCUCCUGCUCAGCAGUUAGAUCGAGCAUAAAUAAAAGGUACAAGAAAGCAAGUGUAAUAAGUUCUGUUUUUAAGUGGCAUGCAAUCCUUUGAAAAAAGUGCUGAUAGUUUACUUACUUCAACGGAGAAAAUUCCACUCCGAUUUUCACGGUCAAGGCCACAACCUUGAUCGAGCAGAAACUAACAAACCUCCUUUUCAUGAACUUGUAGGGUACAUCCGUGAAAAUUGAGUGUGGAAGCAGUAACCCAAGCGCUUUGUUGGCUGUUUAUAACUGCUGGAUAAAAUACAAAGGCCUGCGGGGAGACAGCGAUAAAACAAAAGAUGAGCACUAUAAAAAGCGAACGAGUCAUCUCGGUUCCAACAUUUUGCGUCGGGGCGUUAAACAAAAGAUUGAACACUGAUCUUUUUAGCAGUUGAAUCACCGCCCCCGUUCUCGUCGUUUUCGUGUUUUUGAAUUUAAUUACAGAAUUACGGCACGCAUUUUAAUAACAAUCAAAUAGCGCUCCAAUAGCCCAAUUUUUUUUUUGCGUUUGGCUGGCUGUUAACAGCCAUGGCGGAGCAGCCUUCCGGCGGGCGGACGGUUUUUAUUAGACGACUUUUCUAAUCCAGUCAUCAUUAUUUUCCGACGACGCUGGCAACAAGAUGAAGUUGACGCUUCAGUUGUCAGCGUGUAUUAAAUAUUUGAAACGCUUAUCUUCCCGUCGUUUUCUUUGAUUCGAAGAGAGUUGAUUUUCCGCAUGAUAAUAUCAGGAGUUUCCGUAAUAUGUUGUAUCGUGCAAGAUUUUUUGAGAAGCUUCAUUCUCCCACGCUUGACGCGCACGUUUUUUUGAAAAAUAAUGAAUGAAGAAAGAACAACUUCUGCGACGGGUC